AUGGGCAGCAUGGCGGCGGUAGCGGGCGACGCCAACAACAUCAACAAGCAGGCGCGCAAUACGCGUAUCAACUGGCUCAACUCCCCUGAGCGUGCCAACUGGGUCAACGACGUCAAGAACAAGCAAGCGGCAGACGCGAGCAGCGGCGCUGGCAUUCACGACACGCAGCCGGAUGCGCCUUCGAUUGGCCUCCGCAGCGGCAGCGUCCUGGCGACGCCGCCGCAGCACCAGCAACCCAUUCACAUGCCGCCAAUGAGCAGGGAGGAGGAUGGUGGCAGCUUUCACUUUCACAGUGGGCUGGGGUUGAGAGGGGGCAAGAGCAUAGGGCGGCGCAGCCGCACUGAGGCGGUCAACCGGCUCGUGCUCAUCUCAGUGCUCACCGCAGGCUCGGCCAUCUCCCUCGUGGCGCUCGGCUGUAUUCUCGCGCACCGUUACCCGCGUGCCUCGGGCGGCGAGGCGAAGAUGCUGCGCGGAGAGAGCCUGACCGACGAGGGGCUGGACGACCAGGCGAGGACCCUCCUCUCGGCGACGACUCCGACGGCGAGGCCGCGCCGUCCACCUAGCCGCGAUAUGCUGCCACAGCUGAGCCCGGCGCGUAGUACAUGAGGCGCAACCGCGCGUGAGACUUACUCUUGAUCUCUCCCCUGCGCGGGAGAGUAGCGACCUUCCUCCAGCUUCUCACUGGCAGUCUCUCACUACCACGGGCACACUGAUAGAGGCGGCCGAGGCUCACGCCGUGGGAGGCAGAGAGAGGGAGGCGGAGGGCCGGGUCACAUGCAGAGCCGGCGGUGUCAUGCCGGAGAGAACUGAGAGCCUGCGGAGACGGCAAGACGGCAUCGACCGCCCAGGAAAUAGUUCUUUUUACGGCUAAUCAC